AUGCCUUGUAUCCAAAAUAAUUGUGGUGCAGAAUCACUAUGCGCCGAUCAUGUAUCAAAUCCUUUUCUACUACCGCCCUUUGAAUAUUUGGAACCACAGCUCGACCUGCAAGCUGAGUAUCCUUCAUUGAUUAGCCCUCUCUGUGGAGAUAAUCCAAACAAAUUCACUAUGCCAUCAUGCAUCGAUCCUUCUUGGAUUCAUGAUCUCUCUCAGACAGUAGUGUUGGAUCGAUCGGCUGGCUAUCACGUACUCUUUACUACCGAUCAAGGGCAGAUAUUGAGUCUCAACCCAGGCUCUCCAGAAAUAUCUGCUUUUACUUCAUUUGAUCCGGAUGAGGCUAUCUUCUCCGAUUUCGGUUGUUCAAGAAUCGAUAGACCUGACAAAUCGGUAGCCCCGAAUGACUCAACUUCUGUCUCCGGAGUACCAGUCGUCAGACCCAACAGUCAUGGAGAAAGCUCUCUUAACUCCGAAGAUUCGUUUUCAAGUGCCGCGCCCCAUGGAUCUAAGAGGGGGUCGGAAAUGGAAUGUCAAAACACCAGACUUCCGAAAAAGGCCAAGUUCAGCCACCCGAAUUUCGGGCUGGACAACUCCAAGCUUCCCUAUUUAAAGACUUUUCGAAGCGAGGAUAUGAAAAACCGCAGAAAGGGCGCAAUUGUGGACAAAUCGUCUCCUCCCCCACACCGCGUGAACAGAACGGUCAAGGAUCACGACGAUAAAGCCGAUACGUCGUCCCCGGAUCUAACAAUGCCCAGCUCAGAAGGAGAUGCUGCCUAUGCUAUAUCUCAAUUACCGAAGGGGCGCGGGCCGGUUUCUCACAUGGUUUCUAGCAGACCUGGAACAACGCUUCAGUUAGGUUCUUGGAUGUGA